AACGCAACCCAAACCAACUCAAUGGAAGACAAUACGAUAAGCAUGUUUAUGGAUGUAAAGUUGGACAUCCGCGAGAGGAAGCUGGAAUUUUCUCACCUAAAGUCCUGGACACGGUACUUUGUGCGCGUAGAAGCGGUUAAAUGUUUUCCGUGCUAUAUGCGCAUCUCGUUCUUCUCAUCGCCCACCGAUCUUACCACCGAUCUAAUCGUGCGUAUCAACAUUCCCGGCCUUACCGUUCAAAUGGCCACGUCCCGCACGAAACAACAUUCGUACGGGUUAUUUUGGAAAAACAAUCGCAAACGAUGCUGCGCCUACUUCGCACUGGAAACGCAACUGCUCUGCGAACGGCAUCUGCGCUGGAUGAAGAAAUCGAUCCGCAACCUUGAGCUGUACCGGCAGGAGAUGAUGCAGUUGCGCCGUGCUAGCCGUACACCGAUGUGUGAAAUACGUCAGGAGAUGCAACCGCUCGAUCCGCUUGGUGUUGACGCUGCCACCGCCACUACCACAGCCGAUGGAAGACCGUGCGAUGAUAUGGGCAUUUAUCAGAAUCUUGAUAACACGCAAAACAUUAUGGGAUUACAGGACAUUCUCGGCCCACUACCUACGGUGCCGGCAGUGGAGCGAACCAACGAAUCGAACCAUCCGGCCAACUGGUCACGACGUGUUUCCGGUAUGUCUGGCAUCUACGAGGAAAUUCGGGACGAUCUAGCAGCACCAAAUUCACGCCUGUCUCGUGCAUCGAUUGCAUCCGGAAUCUACGAGGAGAUGAAAUUGGUAACCGUUGGAAGCGAACCGAUAGGGGAAGAGAUUUGUACGCCACCUCCACCAUUGCCACCUCGCAAGCGUUCCAACACGAACGACGGAUUCGAUCUGCAACGUUCGUUUACGGCACCGGAGGCGGAGUUGAUGAAGAAAAAACGUCACCACUGGCUACGGUUAGAAUCGAUGUUUGGUCGACGGCGUACAACCAGUACCGACUCGCAAGGUUCAGCCUCCGAGAAGAAAAGUUCCACACGAAAGGAAUGUAAAACGGGCAUCAAAAAGAUCCAACCGAUUGUUGGGUGUUCUACCGCAGAAAAUGAUGGCGUCGUGCAUCGCGAUAAGCCGGUAUGCCAGUUACGGUUGGUCGAGAAUAAACGGAACAGUUUCUCUAGUCCUGAUUUGAGCCGGUUAAAAAUCAGCGAAACACCUGAUAGAAGGCAGUGUGAUGAUGGGACGUCUUGCGACAACCUGUCGGAUGGAGUUGGCUCGUGUACGUCCGAAUUUUAUCUCCAGCGAGAUAUCGAUUACAUCGAGGAGGAUUUGUGCUUUGCUUCGAAUGAGUGUAUCAAUAUGUCCGGGAUGACUCUUGUGGAGGAAAGUGAAGUGGUCACGGAACAGCAAUCAAAGCUGUUGCCUGAUAGAAGGCGCCUGAAUGUUUCCGAACGUAUUUUGGAAGGUUUGAAUCAUUCCCUUAACUCGUCAACGGUUAAUCUUGUGAGUUGUGUGGCAGCCAUUGGCGAGGAUACUGAGUCUACGCAAGGGCAUACUUUUGUUGCUCGUCAUCCCUCACCGAUUAAGGAAACGACGGAUACGGAUGGAUAUCUUGAGAUGGGUCCAAUUGGAACCGGAUUUAAUCGCCAAAAGCUGUUUGAUGAGGCUGUGACUUAUCGGAACAGUCCACUGCCAUUGAAAGAUACUGAAGAAUCAAUCUACAUGAGCAUGGGUGGAACGGAGAAGCUUCUGCAGGAACCAAUUCGAUCUAGUUCCACCAGCAGCAGUAGCAGCGGUGUUAGCAGCGCUAGUGAUCAUAGCUUCAUCGUCUCGCAGGAAAUGUCGAUCGGGAAGCAACGGUGCUCGGUGGAUGAAAAAAUUCCCUCCUACUACCCGAAUGAAGAUUUGCAGAGAACUCCAACAAACAGUAAGAGUAAAUUAACGGGAGUAAACAUCAAUGCUAGCGAAAGCGAUAACAUGACUCCACCACCAACACCUGCAACCACAUUGCCUCGAAUUGUUCGAUCAGCACAACGAGCCGUUGCUGAAUCGACGGUGGAACAGUACGAUCGUAUUCAAGCAUCAUUCCGAACACCCAAAGCAACUAGUCGACGGUUGCGAACACUGCACGGAACACGGCCAAAGGAUGCAACUCAUCCUGUCGAAGCUACUACCACGUGCGUCUCGGAAUGUUCACCAAAGCUGUACCAGAAAUACGCAACUUUGGCACGUAUUUCAUCGUCAGCCAGUAAAUCGAUGGAAAAAGACGAUGGUGCAUCGGAAAAAGUAACACCGACCACACCGAUCAGUAAGCGGUUUGGAUCGUUACCGCGGUUUGGUAAAAUUGAUCUUUCACCGUUGAGGCUGAAAAUCAACAGUGUCCUGCAGCGCCACAAUUCGGGCAAUCUGUGA